UAGCUGCGGGCAAAGGCUGUGAGGGCGCACAAUGAAUGCAUGUCCUUAGACGUCAUUUGCUUUUAAUGGCCUCCAGGAAAUUUGGCAUUACAAGCAAAGAGAGGGAGUGAGGAUUGAACACCACAAGGAUAUAGAUCUAGAAUUUAGUUUAGGCUAUAGAAGAAAAGAAUAUGCUUUUAUCGCCACUUUAUCAACAAGUUAAAAUGCGCCUCGUGCUUAAGAGAGACUAACUGAUUCGGAGAAGGAAAAUGUGUUGCCUCUGUGAAAGCGCCUGAGGGAAUAUUACAUCAGACUAAAUGACAGAGAUUAAAAUCAGCCUUCUCUGCUUCUCCAAAAGUCUCUGGAACAGCGUGGUGACACUUGCCUGAUGCGUAAACCGUUAUACGAUGAACUUUAAACCCUCACCGGCUAUUUUUUAUUUUUUUACUUUGGCGGAAAAUACGAAAAGAACACAACAGUAAAUGAUUACGAGUAAUCGAGGAGGGUAUAUCAGGUUUUUAUCAGUUCAGAUGAGUCUGGUCGGGCUUGAGUUAAUUGUCCUCUAAUCCUGUGGCCCCAGAGGCGUUUGCGCAGCCCGGAGCGAGAAUUCUUCUUUCGGCUGUGCUCUGUGAUUUACAGACGGAUUAUUGUCUUUCGUCUGGCCAUAAGCAAAGCAGCAGUUUCAUUUUGGCAACAAAAAAAGACAGUCUAGAGGCUGAUAUACGCAGCAGAAUCUGAGUAUUAAGAAAUAAGAAGAUCUAGAGGGGGAAGGAGCGAUCUGGUCUCCCGGAGAAGGAAGGGAGAAGCAUGUCACGUCUGUCUCUGACACGGUCUCCGGUCUCUCCUCUGGCCACGCAGGGGAUUCCACUCCCGGCACAGCUCACCAAAUCCAACGCGCCUGUUCACAUCGACGUGGGUGGACACAUGUACACCAGCAGCCUUGCGACCCUCACCAAAUACCCAGACUCACGGAUCAGCAGGCUGUUUAACGGAACUGAACCGAUAGUUUUGGACAGUUUAAAGCAGCAUUAUUUCAUCGACAGGGACGGAGAAAUAUUCCGCUACAUCCUUGGUUUCCUGCGAACCUGCAAACUGCUCCUGCCGGAAGAUUUUAAGGAAUUCCACCUCCUGUAUGAAGAAGCCCGGUAUUACCAGCUGUCGCCCAUGAUCAAGGAGCUGGAACGGUGGAAACAGGAAAGAGAGCAGCGACGCCUGGCACAGCCCUGUGACUGCCUGGUUGUCCGCGUUACCCCUGACCUCGGUGAGAGGAUCGCACUCAGUGGGGAGAAAGUUCUAAUCGAGGAGAUCUUCCCCGAAACCGGUGAUGUCAUGUGUAACUCCGUCAACGCUGGCUGGAACCAAGAUCCAACCCAUGUCAUCCGCUUUCCCCUGAACGGCUACUGCAGACUGAACUCUGUUCAGGUGCUGGAGCGCCUCUUCCAGAAAGGUUUCAAUGUGGCAGCAUCCUGCGGUGGCGGAGUUGACUCCUCCCAGUUCAGUGAAUACGUGCUGUGUCGUGAGGAUAGGCGGAGUCAGUCCAUGAACACGCCCAUUAGGAUAAAACAGGAGCCACUGGACUAAAGGCACACAUCGAGGCCCUCAGCCCUGAUCGAACUACACAACACACUACACACACACAGACAGACGUCCACAGACUCACAGCUCUACAGAGCUCAGCGUUUAUAAGGGGAAUGUAAUUUAUCACACACAAUAUCCACAGCAGUUACAAACCCAAAGAACUUUAACAGGGAGCAGCUCAGCGUUCCAACUUCCUGUGUUCUCUCCAACCCACCAAUGAGAGGGCGCCUUCAGUUCAGAUGGGAUACAUGCCCCACCCCUCUCUCACUGCAGUGUGUAUAAGUAUGUUUUAUUGUGCUGUGAUGAUUUUAUGAGGUGUGCACCAUUUUAUCGGGUCACGCUUAUGGACGCACUGUUCUUCUUUGUACGUACGGAAUGGAUGAAAACGAUCUCUUGAACAACAACUGAGGCUGACAUCACUCUCAACAUUAGGGGUCUGGCGUAAACUUUUCUCACCAUACGAUUGUUUUUAAUUUCGUCAUUGUUGCUUAUAAAGUUCUUUUUAAUUUGUUUAUAGCACCAUGUUGUAUGCAGUUAUCACACUGUGAGAAAUCUUUUUUUAAUCAGUGUUUUUGUCUUGUUUUCCAGUAAAAAUAUCGAAAUAUAAAACAAGAUAUAUUCACUUAAAGCAAAAAUGAGUAAUAAACAGAGUCAGAAAACAACUUUAUAAGUUGUUACAAAUACAAAACAGAAGAAUUCAUUAUGAGGAAAUUUCUUUUGCCACCCACAUUUUGAAUUUCUGGGGAACUUUUAUCAUUUUUGGUGGCUUCUUGCCAUGAGCCUUCCUUAAAGGGAUAGUUCACCCAAAAAUUAAAAUUCUCUCAUCAUUUAAUCCCCCUCAUGCCAUCCCAGAUGUGCAUGACUUUCUUUCUUCUGCUGAAAACAAACAAAGAUUUUCAGAGAAUAUUUCAGCUCUUUAGGUCCAUACAAUACAAGUGAAUGGUGACCAGACAUUUGAAGGUCCAAAAGACACAUUAAGGCACCAUAAAAGUAAUCCAUAUGACUACAGUGGUUAAAUCCAUGUCUUCCGGAGUGAUAUGAUAGGUGUUGGUGUGAAACAGAUCAAUAUUUAAAUCUUUUUUUACUAUUAAUUCUCAUCCCUGCCCAGUAGGUGGCGAUAUUCACAAAACUCACACUAUUGGUUGAGACAAAGUUGCUGCAUCGAUCUGGAAGGGCCCCUCAAACAAACAGUUUUAUAGCCACUUUUUGGUGAAAUUAACCUACAAUUGGCUUACUUUAUAUUUGAUUCUGCAUAUUAAGCGGUGAUAGGAUAGGUCUUUUAACUUGGAAAAAAUUACAAACUUCAGCUUUAAAGAUGUUUAGAUAUAAUCACUAGAAAUCAUUACAAAAAUACUGAUUAAGACAUUUUUUUUUUGCAGUGAUUAGUACUAUGAUUAAUUUUUUGUCUCUUUUUGUGUAUGUUUCAUGUGUUAUAUGAAGGAUGUUGGGAGUGGCAUUCUGAAGGCAUUAUAUUUGAGAGCUUCAGAGAGACUUUUCCUGGCAGGGUUUGCAGAAACACUAUUACGCCCUAGGGCUGCAUGGCAAAAGCAGUCUGGGCUUUAAUGCAUUUGCCGCUGAAGAAAGCUUCUUUGUUUAAAUGAGCUUCAAGCAAACAUGGGUAUUUCUAAACCCUGUGUUCAAAAAUAGGUAACACUAAGAGAGAGACCAAGCGAGAACAUUCACACUUAAGCAUAUCAUUAAGGAUUUUAAAUGUUUAUACGCUCUAUAAUUUUACUCAAUGCCAACAGAGGGACCCAUGUUGAAUCAAAAUCAUUUUGAGUUUUGAGUGAAAAUACACAAAGAAGGAAAUUCAAAACCCUUCGGGGUAACUUGAGGCAAAAUAUUGAAAGAUGAAGAUACGUGAUUAUGUCUAGAUGAAAUACACAUGAUUAACUUUUGCACUCACAGUAAAUACCGCUCUGACACCAAGCUAGUAUAAAAAUAAGCAGCCAGUGUUUAAACAUUUAGUGGAAAUAGACUCAUGUCUGAGCUCACUGACAGAAUGAGGGUAGGCCUACUAACUGUGAUGCAUACAUUUUUAAACCAUCUUUGUGAAUGAAUAAUUAUUAGCCAGAUUUAUCAGAAUGGUUCAUCUAUCCAAUUGUUUAAAGCAGGUUGAAGUUGACGUUAUAAUGUUAGAUACUAAAAUGUGUGAGUAAAUGGUAGAUACAUCGUAAACAGGGUGCUGUAUGAUUUCACAAAAUGAUUUCAGGUUAUUUCAGAUUUAAGGUUGAAUGUGUGGUCUGUACAAUGCGUGUGUAUACUUGUGCUCUUGUCUUGAGUGAAAGUGAAAAUAAAGUAAAACUAACAGAGUUCUUACAAACCUGGUCUCAAGACAAGUCGUAAUAAUAGUACAAGAUGGCAAAAUUGUGUUGGCUCGUACAAAAACUAAACGAACCAACAAACCAGCAAGCGAGGUUUUUAGGUAAAUAAAGUAAUAUACCAAGUUCAAUUCAAGUUAAGUUCAAUCGACAGCAUUUGUGGCAUAAUAUUGAUUACCACAAAAAUGUAUUUUGACCUUUUCUUUAUAAAAAAAAAAGCUCAAUUCUGGGUCACACAUACAAUGGAAGUGAAUGGGGGCCAAUCCGUAAACGUUAAAAUACUCACUAAUUCAAUAGUAUAGCCACAAGACGUACACAAAAUGAGUGUUGGCUUGAUUUUAGUGUGAUAAAAUCGCUUACUAACCUUUUCUGUGUAAAGUUAUAGCCACUUUUACAACUUCAUUGCCAUGACGAUGUAUUGUCAAUAAACUCUUAAACGACAAUAAAACUUACGAUUUAAACAACUUUACAGCUCAAAUCAUAUACGAUUUUUAACAGAAAAAUGCUUUAAAAAAAAUAUACGCUUAACAUUUCUGUCUUUAAACCCUCGAAAACUUGGCCCAAUUAAUUAAAAAAAUGUUUUAUGGUAAUCAACAUUAUACCACAAAUGCUGACGAUUGAGCAUAACUUGUAUUGAUAUAUAUUAUUUCUUUAGGUUUAAACCUUUACCCUAACCCUAAACCUAACAAACUUGUAUACCACGGAUGAAAGAAUACAACGAUUUCACCAUCUCAUACAAUUCAUUUUGUGUUGUCAUGAAGCUCUGUUAGUUCUUACACUAUACAUACAUUGGAUGCCUUCUCCACUGCAAACACUCAAUGUUACUCGGCCUCAGUUUACGGAAGUCUAUUUUUUAACGUGGUACACAUCUACUAUAUGUUUUAUUUACAAACAUCAAUUGAUAGCAAUGAAUUUUACUUGUUGCGCUGCAACAUUGGUUGCUUCCAGUGUAGACAGUUUUGCACCAUGGCAUUGGUUGACUUGAGUUAGGGGACUCAACUGUGGCCGUCAUUUCUUUGCCUCCAAAUUUCAUGACUGAUCAACAUCUCCAGUUCAAAGAUCUACAGAAGAAAGAAUAAAGUCUUUCCAUUCUUUGUGUUCAUGUAACUCAGCAAUGUGGUUUCUUCUUGCCCAAAUGUGUUGAUCAAAAAGAUUAGGUCUCAUUCUCAUCCGUCUUGUUUAAACUCAAGAUGGUUAGAAAACAAUGUAGUAUUAGAGCUGAACACUUCAUUAACAUAAUGCCAUUUGCUUGGACAGAAUCAUGUGGUUUUCUUUGCUGACUGAUUAAAUGUCCACCGUUGAGGCAUCUCACCCCGUCCAGUAGGCACAACCAGACCCCCUAUAGGGGAGCCAACUCAAGCUUGGCUUUGUUCUAACCCACAGCGGCCCAGUUCUGUCAUCCAACUACCACAAAGGGAAUGGCGAACCACUCCUUUCAUCUGCCAAAGGGUGAGUGAGAUAUCCCAACAUGCCUUCAACAGAAUCCUCAUACACGCUCUCAAAACUACACAUUUAAAACCGCAAACACACACACACAGACCGCAAGCCACUGAACUGCUCAGAACAUCAAUGGACUUACUCAGAAGAUGGUAAUUCCCAACGUGGAUAAAGUUUGGGAGUUUUGAUAACAUUGUGGGACAAUUGUGCACUGGCAUCAUGACCGUAUCUGAUGUAAGAUCAAAGUAAGAAUGCUUGCACAUUAGAGUUUAAGCUGCAAAUCUAUUGAUUUCAAUGGGGAUGGUGCGUGGAGGUCAAACGUAAAGGUUUGUGAAUGCAACGCUUCGUCAUAGGACCAAACUAUGAGAAAAUGUCAACUUUUUUUAUGUAUACAUCCGUUGACCAAUGAGAAUUUCGCACAGGUGCGAAAUUGCGCUUUUGAAAGUUCAACAAAUCACCUGACGUGUGAAAAAUGUCAAUGAAGUGCAUUUGAAUGUUCUCAAGUGCAUCACCUAGUAGCAAAAGAGGCAAAAACGGUCUUUACAUUGGAAUUAUUUCCGUAUCGUUGUAAUGCAUUUCACAUGUUGUAGAUUGGACGAUGUCGUUGACCAACAUUUAAACAUCAUCAGUCCAAACCUCUGGAACCAUGUACAGUUAUUUGUAAAUUGAAACGGUCCGGAUGCAGGUUUUUUCUUUGUAAACGGAACCUGAAAAAAUGAAAGAGAUGUUGACACUGCUUUAAUACUUGACUGAUAGAUUUCAAAAAUUAGCAAAGCAAUAUGAUAUGUACAUACACAUAAAAAAAGAGGAAACAUUUCAAAAUGUCUACCAAGAUGAAAAUUGUCAUUAUUUAAUGUAUUAAUAAUUAGACUGUGGUAUUAAAGGGCAUGUUUAUUUACAGUGUCUUCUUUUUAUUUACUUGCAUAUUUGCUAUAAUAAAAAAGUGUACUAUUCAC